UUACAUCUGCAAUACACAUACUUUGCAGUAAUGUCUCUCAAAUACAACAAGGUCCUUGUAAUUGGCGCGACCUCGGGUAUCGGGCGAGCGCUGGCGGAGCGGAUUGUACAAGAUGGCAAACAAGUGAUCAUCGUGGGUCGGCGACAAGACAAGCUGAACGAGUUCAAGAAGAAGCACGGUAGCGACAAGGUCGACAGUUUUGUCUUGGAUAUUACGAAACUGGACGAGAUCCCCAAGUUUUUCAGGGACGUGAUAAGCAAGCACCCAGAUCUCGACUGCGUGUUCCUCAACUCCGGUAUCCAGCGCGGCUUCGACUUCUCCAAGCCCGAGACAAUUGAUCUCGACGUGUUGGAAAUGGAGUUUCGAACAAACUACAUCUCUUAUAUGCAUCUUACCACAGCCUUUAUACCGUUUUUGCAGAGACAGAACAAGGAGACGUCGCUCGUGUACACGACGUCUGGAUUAGCGCUCAUGCCACUCCCGCGUUGUCCGAACUACUGUGCUUCCAAGGCGGCGCUGCAUCACAUGAUUCUCGCUCUGCGACACCAGUUAGCUAACGGGCCCGGAAACAUCAAGGUGAUUGAGAUCUUUCCGCCAGCUGUGCAGACGGAACUGCACGACGAGAAGCAUCAGCCGGAUAUCAAGGAUGGAGGGAACAUUGGCAUGCCGCUGAGCGAGUUUACCGACGAGGCAUGGAAGGGACUGGUUGAGGGCAAGGAGCAGAUUCCAGUGGGAUUCACAGUCAAGGCCUUUGACGCGUUUGAGAAUAAGAGACAGGAGCUGUGGAAGCAAGUGUUCCUGUCGUAGUUUGGGAUUGAGUGGGCGACGGGCGCGGACGAGAGACGGGCGGGGGGCUUGGCGGGGUAGGGAGACAUUCUCAAGCCACAGUUGCAGGAGACCCUGGACUUUAGUCUAUACGCAGUCAAUACUAUGGCUUCGCGGAAGAGAAGCAAUGACACGACAACUUCAAUCUAUAGAAAUACAUGCACAGUUGGUCGUACGGACGUGGCUUCUAUUGCGC